UCUGUGUGUGUGUGUGUGUGUUGCAGCUGCUGAGGCCAGAGGAGGUGGAGAUGUUGGUGUGUGGCAGCCCAGAGUUGGACAUGUGUGCGCUGCAGAGAGCUGCUCAGUACGAAGGCUACAACAAGACUGACGUCACUGUACGCUGUUUCUGGGAUGUCGUCCUCUCGUUCCCUCUGGAGAUGCAGAAGAAGUUCCUUCACUUUGCGACAGGAAGUGACCGCGUCCCUGUGGGAGGAAUGUCUGACCUCAACUUCAAAAUCUCUAAGAUCGACGUUCCGACCGACUGGUUGCCGGUCUCUCACACCUGUUUUAAUCAGAUCUGUUUGCCUCCGUAUCGAAGCAGAAAAGAACUCAAACACAAACUCACCAUCGCUGUCAACAACGCUGAGGGCUUCGGCCUGGAGUGACGCACACAUUAGUGUAGUGAGCACAUGAUCAGACGUCUUUGAACCACAAAAUGAAUAAAAUAUGUGGCCAGAGGUCAAAGGUCAGUCAGAGGUUUCAAACCUGUUGUUGUUUUGGACGUUGCUGUGUGUUUGUUUUGCUGCAGCAGAAACGUUGUAAUGUAGUGUUUACAAACACAACUGUGUUUGUUUGUUUAUCGUUGAGCAGUAAAGUGAUGAGUCAUCA